AGCCUCAAGUUGCCUAUCCCAAUCAAAUGCGGGGCAGGAAAGGCUUUGCGACAGACGUUUUCUCCACCCAUGUAGGGACUAGAUCUAACGAAUGUACUCGCCUGAUGUACUAUUGCGUUUUAUUAUAGAAAGCUUUCACUUGGGGAUACAUUUUCCUUGCAUGUACGGUAUAAGACAUGGCAUGGAACCGGGCAUGAAGACAUUAUUUUCGAACCGGAUGACAUGUUUCGCGAAUGUAGUGCAAGAGAAAGACAAGAAUACCACAAGGUUCAUAAAAAGAUCACGAUCGUCGUCGAACUUUCGGGGAAUCCAACAACCGAACAGAUCGAGCAGAUCGUCUCUUCUGAUGAAUCCCUGGAGCUCCGGCCUACCACCGAUGAAAUCUUUCGGAGGUGUCCUCAGUUCCGAAUUCUGGUGAUAGGAAAGACUGGCGUUGGCAAGUCUUCGCUGAUCAACCACGCAUUUGGAGUGCAAAACGCGACCACUUCGCACAAUAUGCCAGGCGAGGUCAGCAUCGACCAUGAAUUCACCUCGCCACAGAACAACAAGUUUGUUCUCCAUGACAGCAAAGGGUUUGAACCAGGGGAAAAAGACAACCUCAAAAUAGUCCGAGAUUUCAUUAACCGUCGGAGAGCAAAGCCUGAUUUGAAAGAUCAGCUGCACGCUGUUUGGCUUUGCUUUGAGAUACCCCGUGCAGGCGGGCGUUUACUAGAGACUGGUGUGGAGCAAUUUCUCACAUCGAAGCGCGAAGGAGAGCUAGGAGACAUUCCCAUCGUUGCCGUUUUCACUAAAUACGACACCCUCCUCGACCGCAUGGAGCGAACCUUGGAUAAGUCCUCUAUCAAGAGUUUGAGCCAGGCAGCCAUCCAGGACAUCAUCAAGAAAAACGCAGAAGACAAGCUACAGGAAGUCUGCGUCGCACCCCUAGAGAAGUUCGCAAAAUCGGCUAUCCCGCAUGUUACGGUCUCUACAAAUGGAAACCAUGAGGAGACGCUAGCCCGUUUGAUCCAAACCACUGAAGAACUCGUUCGUAACCAUGUUGGGACCGACGCGUCAGUGAUGACGUCCGUCGCUCAACGAGUGGAUCCUGGACUCAAAAUAAAAGCAUCAAUAGAGGUCGGCAAGAGAAAAUACUGGAAGGCGCUCGCAUCAAGCGUACCAUUCAAGAACCGUUCAAUGUGGGACUGUCUGCACGUGCUUCACACUGACAUCGUCAAUGUUUGGAACUUCCAAGAUCCUCAUGGUUACUUGUGCAGCCCAGAGUUCAGGACAUUGAUGACGAACAUGGUCAAUGAGCUGGACGUUGGACCCCCUCCUGAUCCCAACAAGACCCUUUCAGUCGGGCUCACUAUUGUGGGUACUAUCGCGACCAUCGUGUCUGCCCUGUCCGGACCUGCAGCCCCUAUUGUUGUGCCGAUAGCGGCAAGUGUUGUAAUCGCGAGCUGGGUUUACGAGGUGUAUGAGCAGACGUAUGUCCUGCUACUUAUCCUUGAUCGAGAGAAUAAUGACAGGUCUCUCCUCAGUCGCCCUGCGCUGCAGCGCUUCAUGAAAUACAUCGUCGACUUGACUCUUGUGUUGCAGACACUGGUUCUUGUAGCGGGAAAUCAAGAACUUUCUCGUAAGGCCAUCAAGCUUGCGGUCAAGUCCUACCACGAGUCACCAAUGAAUGGAGAAGUCCAUAAUCGGAUUCAGGAGUAUGACAGGCAAAUGACCUUGCGGCAACGCGCGAGCCGUGAUUCAUUGGAUCAAAUCAUCGAGCUACUACAAUCAUAUAACAUUAGUGCAGAAGAAAUGUCGGAUCUUCAGCGAAAUUUGCCCGCUGUAGAUUUAUCAUCGGAUGAACCAUGGGGCAGUUAGCACUUGAUUCUUUCUUUUGUGUAUAAUGUUGUGUGUCUGACUUCUGGAGUACCUAUGGGAUUGUACUUGUACUAUGUAAUCGGAGUUAUGACUGGUCCGUGCUAC